CAUUACAGCGUCACACAGCUGAUAUAGCAAAAACAAAAAGCUGAAAAGAAAAACAAUAACAAUAAAGGAGAAAGUUAUAUUAAUUUCGAGCAAACAAAAACUAAGACGGAGAACCGGUUGUUACACCACAGACUCAUUCACAGCGGAACGCCAGCUGAUAAAUAUUGUAGAGACACCCUGUGCGGGCGUCAACUCGUAAAUCCAAUGGAAGUGACCCUCAAGAAGGCUCGCCUGGUAAAUGAUAAAAAUGAAGGCAGUUCGGAGGCGGAGAACAGCGAUCUUGAUCCUUUCGGAUGGUGGGCCUUGCCAGAGCCGGCGCUCCUCAUGGUUUUCGAGCAGCUGAGCGUGCCCGAGCUCCUCCAGGCCAGCCUCUGCUGCCGGCGGUGGAACAGCAUUGCCAACGACGACCUUCUGUGGCGUCAGAAGUUCCAGGAGCACUUCAGAGCCUCGCCCAGUGUUCCCCUGAAGCCGGGCGCUGAGAGCUGGCGGUCAGAGUAUCGUCGUCUGUCCACGCACAUACCCUUCGUCCAGGCUCAGCGACUGGAAUCGACGGCGGAAAACCACCACGGCCACACGCACCAGGUGCUGCAUGUGAGCUUUGCCCACAACGGCGAAAUGUUUGCCACCUGCUCCAAGGACGGCUAUGUGAUAAUCUGGAAUUCUCAGCAUCCGUGCACGGAGAAGUAUGCGCACAACAUGAAGCAGUUCAGCUGGAAGUACUCGCAAUACUCACAGUUCAACCAGAGCGACACCUUGCUGCUGGUCUCAGGUGUCCACUUUGGAUCGCCACAGUCGACUUCCGGGGAGAUUGCCGUCUUCUAUCUGGGAGCCACCGAGUCGCAUCUGCGCUGCAGGGUUGUUAACCGCCCGUAUGACAUUUUCGGCACCUGGUUCAGCGACCAAUAUCUGAUCUCGGGAGACCUGCACUGGCUGGCGCACUUGGUUAGUACGUCGGUUCUGUGGCUCAACAAGGCCAAUCAGGAGAUCGACUCGGAGCACGUGCCGAUCAUGAGUCAACUGUACAAAUUCUACAAUCGAAAUGCCAGCUCGGUGCGGGCCAUUAUGGUGGCCAGAUGUCCGUGGCUAGAUGAAAGCAACGAUCCGUUGUUAGUCAGGUGUGCCGCCUCCGAAGGCGACGACGAAACUCGCAGGGCGACGAUGCAUUCACCGCCCAGAAUUGAUCCGGAGUCUAGCGGGAAUCCUGUGUCCCAUGCCGCUAGCCUGCGACGAACCAGAAGCGCCACUCCGGAGGAAAACUACUUGCCAGACAUUAGCGAACGACGUUCAAGGACGCGUCCCGGUGAUGCCACCAUUCACUAUCUAGAGGAAUACAGAAAAGCCGUAGCCUCCGUCAAUGGUCCCACUGAAGAUGAGGAUGACGAGGAGGAGUACGAUUCUAUGGAUUUACACGAGGAAUACGACGAAAUGGAGAACUGCGUACCGAAAUAUCUCAUCUUUUCUACGGGCUCAAAGACCUUCACACCGCAUCAGAUCGGUUUCAAGCGCAUCGGUAAUGUGUAUUUCCCGAAAAAGCUUGAUCCCGGCCCCACGCUCAAGGAGAGAAUAGCUGCCAAGCGGGCUGCCGAACAACAGCAGCAGCAGACGCCACGCACCGAUCCGGACUGGUGGGACUACGAGUCAGUCAAAGAUCGCUUCGAUCAGGUGGACAAGGUGAUUGAUCUGCACGGUCACAUCAUCGGCAUGGCACUCAGCCCAGACCAUCGCUACUUGUACGUAAACACGCGUCCCUGGCCCAAAAACUAUGUCAUCACGAAUCCCCUCGAACCGCCGCCAAUCGCUCAAGAGAUCGACAUCCAUGUCAUCGAUUUGAUGACUCUCAAAAGAGUUGGAAACAUGCUGCGUGCCCACAAGGCCUACACGCCCAGCACCGAAUGCUUUUUCAUCUUCCUCGAUGUCUGCGAGGAGUAUGUGGCCAGUGGUGCCGAGGAUCAGCAUGCUUACCUGUGGGAUCGAUACUAUGGCAUUAGUUUGGCCAAGUUCAAACACUCUGAUGUGGUUAACAGCGUGGCCUUCAAUCCGCGCGACUCUGAGAUGCUGGUGACCACCAGCGAUGACUACACAAUCAAGGUCUGGCGAUCACGGUCCAAGGCUAGGGAGUACAACAUCCCUAUCAAUGUCAGCGAGUCCUUCGAGCUUAAACCCAAGAUCUGAGGAUGAAUAUUGUCGAAAUCAAAAGAUCUGUGCCUGCCGUAUCCGAUUGCUUUAUUGUGUUCCGAUUUCACUGCUCGCCGCUAGUUCGUUUCGUGUUGUUAAAGAUUUUUAUUAAAUGGUGUUUGCCUUACGGA